AUGCUACAGCGACUCGGCGCCCGCAUCCUGCGCACCCGCGUCCCCGUCCCCGUCGCCCUCCCCACCGACGCCGAAGAAGCCGUCCCGCUCACGGCUCACGACCAGCUCACCCUCGACGACCUCGUGCACCCUCGGCACGGCCGCGACGACCCGCGCAAGACGCACGCCCCGUGGCGCACCCUCGUCGGAGCCGUCCUCCUCCCCGGCCUCCUCCUCCUCGCGAGCACCGCCGCACUCCUGUGGGCCCUCCCGCCGCUCGACGACACGCUCCAGUGGCGCGACUCGUACCGCAAUCACUCGAACGUCAACGUCUUUGAGCGCUUCGAGAUCCGCACCAAGGACCACUCGGCGCGCGCGACCUUCAUUCCGCUCGGUGCAACACUCGUCGACUUCUGGGUCAAGGACCGCGAGGGCGAGUGGCGCGACGUCGUCCUCGGCUACGACAACACGACCGAGUACCUGACCGACAAGCGCUUCCCGUACUUUGGCGCCGUCGUCGGGCGCGUCGCCAACCGCAUCGCUCACGCCUCCUACACCGACCCGAAAACGGGCGACCUCGUCCACCUCCCCGCCAACGAGGCGGGCCGAGCGACGCUCCACGGCGGCAUCGCCGGCUACGCCCGCUCGGGCUGGCGCAUCAUCGAGCGCUCGCACGACCGCCUCGUCUUUGGGCUCGUCGACGACGCCGCCGAGGGCUUCCCGGGCACGGUCGACGUGCGCGCGUCGUACACGCUGCGCAGCGACCCGGUGCGCCUCACGACGCAGCUCGAGGCGCGCGUCGUGCCCUCGAGCGACGACCGCGAGGCGCCGACGACGCCCAUCAUGCUGUCGUCGCACGUGUACUGGAACUUGGACGGCUUUCAGGCGCCGGAGCGAGGGCGAGGGACGGGCGGCAGUGCGAGGGACCACCGCUUGUGGGUCGACGCGGACCGGUACCUCGAGACGGAUGGCGAGCUUAUCCCGACGGGCAAGAUCGCUUCCAUCGAGCGCGACUCGCCGCUCGAUUUCUCGGCGCGCGGCGGCGGCGGCGGCAGCAGGGGCGCAGGGUCGGCGCCGACGAUCGGUGAGAGGGUCGACCUGCCGCAGGCGAUGGGACUGUGCGGGACGGGGUGCAAGGGCCUCGACACGGCGCUCGUCUUCUCGGACUCGGCGCGCAACGUGAGCGUGGACCCUGUCGUUGUCCUCGAGUCGCCGUCAAGCGGGAUCCGCCUCUCGAUCCGCACCAACCAGCCGGCGCUCCACCUCUUCACGACGCCCACCCGGCCAUGGGGCCUCCCGUACCCGGUGGGCCUCGCGCGCAAAGCAUCCCACCUCCCGCACGGCAAGGCGCCCGAGCAGUGCACGGCCGAGGAGCGCGCGUACCCCAAGGGUGGCGCCGUCGCGAUCGAGUGCGAGGGACUCGUCGACGCGGUGCAUCAUGCGGGCGAGGAAGGGUGGGGCGACCCGUGGUACACACCUGAGCGGGCGUACGAGUGGUGGAGCGAGUACGAGCUGUCGACGUUCGACAGCUGAGGCGCGCGGCCCGAGCGAGGACGACGAGGAGCGAGUGCCACGUGGUAGAGCAACUUGUACAUAGCGCAGCAUUUACCGC